CCGUGCGUUCACCGGGAUUGGUUCACUCGGUUUCAGUCGUACUACAUCGCGCCGUGUACUGACGGCCUGAAAAAAAUUACGUAAAUAUUACAAUACUCACGCAUUGAUUAUGAAACGUCUGUAAGCGUUGAGCAGCACCGAGUUCCAUUCACGAAACCUGGACACGAGUGGACCUGUGGUAGCGCCGUCUGUAUUUUGUUUGAAUUGUGCGAUUCUGUUUGACCCUGGUGAUUUUAUUUUAUUAUAUUGUUUUGGAACCCCAUCCCGUGGUGUUUGCUGAAUUUGCCUCUGUGUUUUUGUUGUGAUUUAUUAUUCUGUCUGAUUGGAUUGUCGCAUAAGUUAUUGAUGUGAUCGUGCUGCAAAAUGGUGUAAUGUGAUUGUGCUGGACUCUAGAUUGCUAAACAUGACGAACUUGAAUAUUCGAGCGACUUUUUUCGAACUGUUAUAAAUUUCGCUUGGUUACGCAACCGACCGUAUCAAUGAUUCGGUGAAAAUUAAUCAAAUAAAAUGGGGCGGCGACGUUGGAGAUUUGUAACGAUCGCGGCGUUCUUGCUUUUUAUGAUAAAGGACACGCAGUGUCAAGAUGAAAACGACUUUUACUACACACCUGUGGAAAGAAGUUUUGCUCAAGUUCAACCAUCUAUAUUCCCAAAUAAUCGCCCAGCGACAUAUUUCGAACACGGCGACAGCUUUAGAGUACCGCAGUCGUCACAGCAACCACUUUAUAGCGAGGGUCAUGUGAGAUUUCCAAGUCCCAAUUACAAUCAAAAUCCUGUACCCUUCCAAUUGCCUACUGGCCGAAGUCAGCCUGGCGCACCUUAUUAUGCAAAUCAAGCAGACUUCAGUGCUCCUCAGAAACAAAGGUUUAGGCCCGCUCUACCUUACAACUUCCAAUUAGUUCAUCCAGCCUCAACUAAAAGGCCUGAACUUCCUCCACAAAUUCAUUCUGCGGCCUAUCAAAAUGAUCCUUCAAAACCAGAAACAUUUUUAGGACAAAUAACGAUAAAUAACCCCGAUAUUGACUACUUGCAAAAUAAUAGAUACAAGAACAUACCAUUUGAUAACAACAGCUUAAAAAGUAAUGGUCAAAGCGGUCACAUUAAUCAUGAUGAGGAUAUCGAUAACGAAAAUCAGGAUCUUUUUGAUCAUCCCAGAGUAACAACAUAUAAUCCUAAUAAACUUGUAAAUAAACAAAGACUGAAUAUUAGGCCAGGUAGCUUACGAUUUACUCAUCAUGAAUUACCAUUAGAAGAAACGACAAUCUUCCAAAAUGCGCCAAAUAAACCAUUGGAUUCAAAUAAUAACAGCAAGAUUCCGAAAAACGUAUCAAGUUCCAAGGAGAACAAAGCUCUUCUAGAUUUGGAGCCGCUAUUAGAAGACGACAUUAGUGAUAUAAGUACAUUUAGAGAGCUUAUGAAAAAUACUCAAGGAUCAUUCGACGUCCAAGUAAUUAAAUCUAACAGCAGUUCAGAAACUUCUUCAAACAAUAAUGAUGAUAGUAAACCUGAUGCCAGCUCAAUGAAUGCUGAUAAUUUACCGAAGAUAACUUCUGGUCAGACUCCUAAAACUAUUUUAACUUCAACAGCUAUUCCAACUUCAACUAAAAGUCAAAUGAAAAAAGUAACAGAUAAUCCUCAACAUUUCGAAGAGGAGUUACAUAGUGGUGAAGAACAUACACACAGCGGAGAAGAAGAAGAAGAGUAUGAAUAUUAUGAUGAAACCGAAAGCAGUGAAAUAAAACACACUACGUCAAAGCCUACGCAUGAUUUUACAGAGCAUGCAACUGACGUAUAUGAUGACUAUGAUGCUACAGAAGAACCGGAAAUAUUUACAGAAGAGUCUAAACCAGAUGUUACAGAAUCAUUUCAUGUGGUAAUGAAAUCUGGUAAUGCUACGGUCAAAGAUGAGAACUUCAAACAUUUUGUAGACACAACUAUCAUUGAUCAACCUGAACAGAUUUCAAAUGAAACUAUUACAUUAGGGAGCACAAAUAUUUCUGUUUCUAGUGAAGAUGUGUCAUCCAUCGAAACACCAUCUAUUCUUGGAGAGGAAGUUGUCUCAGUGGUGACAACCAAGAGCGUUGUUAAUGGAACAAUUUCCAUCCCUGAUGUUACUUUAGCUCCUACCACGACUAAAAAACUAGGAGCUUUGCCAGCCUCAACCUCAGAACGAAGUCAAAAUAAUGAUACCUCUUUACUAGCCACAACUGAGAAUUGGAUAGUAGUUGCUUCAGUUCAAACUAGCCGAAGCGUAUCGGGCGCGCGAUUUUUACCAUUCCUUACGGUAGAUCAAGAUGAAAAGAAACAAGUAUUAGCUGAUGACGAAGAGGAAGACGAGGAAAAUCUUGCAGAAUUUGUGACAAGAGAUCCGAAAGAGGAAACCAGUGAACAAAUUAGUAGUAGUUCAUCAUCAACUGAAAAUAUUAAUGAUAAGUUGGACAGUAUUCAGUCUGAGUUAUCAAGUGCUGUACUAUCAGGGUCUUUAAAUAGUGGAGAUAAAAAUAUAAAACAUAUUAUGGAAACUACCACAGAGGCUAUUGCAAACAGUACUAUUGCUUUCACUGCUACGACGAUGACAACACCGGGUACGCUGAAUGUUUUUACAUUGAAGAGCACUCAAGUGCCUACUGUGGCUGAACGAUCAUCGCCCGAUCCACCGCCGGUAUUGAUUAAGAAAUUUACACCACGAAUUACAACAUCUACUACGCCUAAACCGCGGAAAAAACCAUCGUUUGUCACUGUAAUGGACGAGUUGCCUCCAGGAUUUUUGCCCUCAGGUUACAAACAAAGACACUCUUAUAAAGAUAAACGAACAAGCACUACAACUUCAACUACGACGACUACUACUACUACAACUACACCUGCUGUUUCAUCAACUGAAGAUUCUGACGUAGUUAUAAAUGGUACACAAGGACGAUCUUCUGGUAUUAGUUCUAAAAACAAAGUUAUAGUAUUAGAUGACAAGUCUCUCCUUCCAAAAGAAUACCGACCAAAGGAAAAAGUUCCAGAGGACUUAUUCAAAAAGUUCGAAAAAGACGAUCUAAACAAAUUUUUACCACCAGGCUAUAAACCACCUGCAUCUGAAGAAACAGAAGUGAAAUCGAUUCCCAAGGCUAAUAUUUUCGAUAAAAUAUCCAUACAAGAAGUUGAUAUAAGCGCAUUUUUGCCCAAAGAUUUCAAAUUAAAUGAACCUACUAUAGAGAAACCUAAAUCUUUACCUGAACUGCCAAUCAAGGCUACGCAAGUGGACAUCACAGCAUUUCUGCCUCCAGGUUUUAAAUUAAAUGCGACUAAAGAUGAGAGUGACACUAAAAAUGAGACUCAUGAUCCAUUAAGUAAAUUUAAAGUUACUGAUGUGUCAAGUUUACUCCCACCUGGCUUUAAUUCAAACAGUACCGACGAACCAGUAUUGCCCAGCUCCACUCAGUCCACCGGAAACUUUAAAGUUGUUUUCCCUUCAAGACCUGGUAACAAAAAUACGAGAAAAACUACCCCUAAACCAAGUCAUGGUAUAGGUCCAUCUCCAGUAACGCCAGCAAUUAAAAAGGGUUGGCCUACAAGAGCCUCAACGGAGUUCACUGGUUGGCCGUCACCAUCAACAACACCGUUUUCGAUAGAAAAGUUUCUGAACAAGGAUAUUUCGGUCUCUACUCCAGCACCCGAAGCAAUUACAGAAAAAACCACACGGCGCAUUUCUACCACUACUACCACGACAGCAGCGCCUCCACCAUCGACAACCCCUGGGAUUUGUAAACAGGAGUGCGAUAUUGCUGCUACUAUCAAAAUAGUAGCAGGAGUUAAGUGGGUUCCGGAAUUAUUAGACCAUCAUACAGAGGAUUGGCAACGGUUAGCUAAAGAGGUAAAGGAAGAGUUAAACUCUGUGUAUUCAAAAUCUGAUCUGCUCAAAAAAUGGUACAAAGGUAUCCGUAUAGAUGGGUUUAGUCAAGGCUCUGUAUUAGUCGACUACUUUAUCGAACUCAAUAAAGUUGAAGAAAGAGUCGAUACAUUAGAGUUGAAAAGCCUGUUUCACAAAUCUCUGCGCGAAGCGAAACCUGGGUCUGUCGUUGAGAUUCUGCAGGAAGAAUCAAAUGACAAAUUUGAUCCUAAUGUAAUGUUGGGCGAUCAGCCAGAUGAAGAGAGAAUGAAAAAGAGUAAUGAAAAGAUGACCAAAACGAUAGACAAGUCGGCUGGAAAGCUAGAGAUUGGGAAAUUUGUUAUGGAUCCUGCAUACACUGAGUUUAUUGUUUUGCCAAAACGUGAGGAGCCAAAACAUGUAGAACAAGAGGAAGAGUCAUUCCUCCCUCAAUGGGGUAUUGCUGUUAUAGUAAUAGCCAUGGCAUCACUUCUUUUCGUCGUGAUUUUCGGAGUCACAGUGCUUGUGAACCGCCAAAAAAGUGCCAAAGCUAAACAACCUAUACCGCUUAGUGAAGAUAUGCUUAGAGAAUUGGAUAAGAAUCACAUGGGAGGCUUCGACGAUGUGCAUCAAUUGAAGGAGAGAGAAUUACCUUACGCUCCGUCAGGGAAGCGAAUGUCAACGGCAUUCAUCGAGCAGUUGGCGUAUCCGAAUCCUGGCGACUCGUGGCGGUCAGAAUGGACGCCACAGCUGCAAAAGUAUAUGCAGCAUUAUACGCCGGACUCAGGACGCGGUUCCCAGAUAUACGGCGCUUCUGGAAAUGGUUACGGAUAUGGAGGAGGAUCGCAGCUUUAUGGGCAAACGGGUGGCGGUGGUGGUUCCCAAAUCUACGGCUACACCGGCGAAUACGUGCCUCGCUCGCACUACUCUCGACGUCGUUCUGAAUACGACAGCAACUUCUAGACGCUUUUAGAUGUUUCUAUGUCUGAGACUCUUGACAAUAUUUCCUGAACUCGGAGUUGGAUCUCCUAUAGUUCACUUAACACUCGUUCAUCCAUGUAGAAUAUCAUUUUACCAAACAUCAGUAACCGGUUGUGAAAUAUGAUUUAUCAUAGAUAAUUUAUCUGAAAAUAAAUGUAAUUUAAAAUUGUAUUUCUGAAUUUGUAAGAUUUUACAAUAUGCAUUAUAUUUUAGCAGCUUUUUAGUCCGGCCUAUUUACGACUGUUUAUACAGUAAUAGUGCAGUGCCAAAAAGAAUUUUGACUAUCUAUAAAGAUAUUGUUUUAAUAAACCUUGACGUAGAAAUUCGACUUCAUGUUCAAUAAUCUCAAUUAAGUACAGAGUUUAUUAAAUAAGAGUUUACCAAAGUGACUCUUUCUUUGUAUCGGAUAAUAAAAAAGGCAUCCAAAAUAGGGUAUUUCUCCGUCAAGUUUUAUCCAUACCUAAUUCGAUUGUCUGCCAAAAUAUUAACUAUUACGACUGAUUGUGAGAUGUAAAUAACAUAGAAGUAAGUAUUCACCAAUAUUGUAAAUCGGAUUAGUAGAGAAUACUAAGAAUUUCUGUAGAUAUCUCUCUGCAUACCUAUAUUUGCUCAGAACCUGUAGUGGAACGCGUUAGGCCGUGUGCGUGAAACGCCUCUUUGUGCCAAAUGUAUUGUCGGUGUGUGUAAAUAAACGUUUAUAUUAUGUAUCAUUAUAGAAGUAUAGGGUGUUAUCAUUUUCAGCUUAUUCGAUGUCGAACUGUAUAGGAACAUUUUACGGAGCAUUCGUAAAAGUACCUUUAGUAUAACAUUGUUCGGUUGUUUCCAAUAGAGCGGUUUUAUAGUGAUUCUGAUAACACUCUUCAUUGUAAUGUUGGUGGCUCUCUGCCAAGAUUGUGCCACCUCGAUUGUGUUUCGCGAAUGCCCCUCGAGGACAAUUCUACUGCACUGAGGGGGAUAAGAUUUACGUGGGCUGGUCAGGGAUCCCCUUACCCCACAAAUUUACGAUUACACAAAAUAAACCCAUGUCAUGUCAUACUAGUGGACAAAGUGUGAUGGUGUGUGAAUUAAAUGUUGAUGUAAAUACAGUCACAG